UCUGCCCGGCCGUCCCCUGCAGGAGCUGGACUCAGUUUCCUCAGUGUGGCACUUUCUCUCUUUUCCAGGCUGAUGGAACGCUUCCUCAUGGAGGGAUUCAAACCCCAGCAGCUCUCGACCUUUGCCCUGACCCUCUACAAGUACACAGCCACCGUGGACGGCAAGACAGUCCUUGUAGACUUCUGGGACACAGCCGGCCAGGAGCGUUUCCAGAGCAUGCACGCGUCCUACUACCACAAAGCCCAUGCUUGCAUCAUGGUGUUUGAUGUCCAGCGGAAGGUCACCUACAAGAACCUGACCAACUGGUAUAAGGAGCUGCGUGAAUUCCGGCCUCAGAUCCCUUGUAUCGUAGUGGCCAAUAAGAUCGAUGCCGACCUGAAGGCCACGCAGAAAAGUUUCAACUUCCCCAAGAAGCUCAACCUGCCUCUCUACUUCGUCUCCGCAGCAGACGGCACCAACGUUGUGAAGCUCUUCAGCGAUGCCAUCAAAAUGGCCGUGGCCUACAAGCAGAACUCGGGCGACUUUAUGGACGAAGUCCUGAAGGAGCUGGACGAUUUUGACCUCGCCGUACAAUUCCCACGUGAGCCCUUGCAGGCUAGGGAGCUUGGGAUGCCAACGGGGAAGGAGGAGGAGCAGCAGAGAACUUCAGGCUCGGCUGAAAGAAGGGACCCUUCCUCCUCCUCCUCCUCCUCUGAGAAAAACAGCAACCAUCUACCUGCCAAGGUGAUCACGUAG